UUUUUUUCCUUAAAACAACCAUCCCUCACGACUUCACACCAGACCCAACGACUAGACGUUGUCGACACUCAAAAAUGGCCGACGACAGUCAUCCAACACAUCUGUCUCCCAGCGAACUCGGCACAAAAGACUACUGGGAAACCUUCUACGCACGAACUCUCGCGCACCUCUCCACAAAACUCGACCCCCCUCCCGCCUCUUCAAAACCAUCAACCCGCCCGAAACACCCUACCCACGAUGCCUCCGACGCCGAAGACGACUCCGACUCCGACUCCGACUCCGUAGACGACGACUCCGACCCAGGCACCUCGUGGUUCUCCGAACACAACGCCCCGGACAAAGUGCUGCAGUUCCUCACCGACGAGGACUUCCCGCUGGCGCCGCCGUGUCUGCUGGACCUGGGCACCGGGAACGGGAGCAUGUUGGCGCUGCUGCGCAAGAAGGGCCGGUUUGCGGGGGACAUGGUCGGGGUGGAUUAUUCGGGGAGGAGUGUCGAGUUGGCGAGAGAGUUGCAGCGGUUGAGGAUUCAUUCGGCGUAUUUGUCGGAUUCGGAGGAUGAGGAUGAUGAUUUUGGGGAUGGAGAUCAGGGUGAGGGUGAGGGUGGGGCUGGGGCUGAAGGGAAAAAUGAUGAUACUAAUAUCCGCUUCGAGGAGUGGGAUAUCUUGUCCUCGACGGAUGCGUUGUCUGGGGCUGGGGAGGAGCGCGGACUCGAUUGGUUCCCGUACCAGAAGGGCGGGUUUGAUAUCGUGCUGGAUAAGGGCACGUUUGAUGCUGUGUCGUUGUCGGAGGAGACGGUUGAGGAUCGUUCUGCGGCCGAGGCCGAGAACUCGAACUCGAAGACGACCGGGUCCGGGACGAAGACGAUCCAGAGACGCGUUUGCGAGCGGUACCCUGAUAUCGCGAGGCGGUUGGUGCGCAAGGGCGGGUUCCUGGUUGUGACGAGCUGUAAUUGGACCGAGGAGGAGCUGAUUCAGUGGUUUACGCGGUCUGAGUCGGAAGGGGAGGGCGAUCGAUUGCAGGUUUGGGGACGGGUCGAGUAUCCGCGGUUCAGGUUUGGGGGGAAAGAAGGGCAGGGGGUGUGUACGGUUUGUUUCCAGAGGGUUUGA